UCAAUCCCUGUCAUCCGGCAAACAUUUUCGACUAGAGCUCUAUUUAAAAUCAAGGCCCAAAAAUAACAUUUUUCGGCACAAAAAAAAGGAAACAGCCGCCCAAAUCCUGAGACUGAGAAAAUGUCCCUAAAUCGCGGAGGUAAGAUGUUCCUGCGGAGCAUUCCUCCCCAGAUUUUGCGGCGUGGCAAGGCGGAUUACGGCAAAACGGUGUGCAACCUGAAGGUCAACAAGGAGACCAAGGUGUUAGUGCAGGGAUUCACCGGAAAACAGGCCACUUUCCACUCCGAGGAGUCUAUGAAGUACGGGACCAACAUCGUAGGCGGUGUGAAUCCCAAAAAGGGCGGUACGGAGCAUUUGAAGAAGCCCGUUUUCAAAUCCGUAGCCGAAGCUGUGGAAAAGGUAAAACCGGAUGCCACGGUGAUCUUUAUACCGCCACCGUCCGCCGCGGAGGGAAUUUGCUCCGCCAUCGAGAGUGAGAUUGGUUUGAUUGUGGCCAUCACCGAAGGUAUUCCGCAGUCGGAUAUGGUCAGGAUUUCGCAGAUGUUGAGGUGCCAGGAGAAGUCUCGCCUGCUGGGACCCAACUGCCCAGGCAUUAUAUCACCUGAUCAGUGCAAGAUAGGCAUAAUGCCGGGCGAUAUCCAUAAAAGGGGAGUCGUGGGCAUUGUGUCGCGGUCGGGAACUUUGACCUACGAGUCCGUGCAGCAGACCACACAAGUGGGCUUGGGCCAGGCUCUUUGUAUUGGCCUUGGCGGAGAUCCCUUCAACGGAACCAGCUUUAUAGACGCCCUCAAGGUCUUUCUGCCCGACAAAGAGAUCAAGGGCAUCAUUAUGAUCGGGGAGAUCGGAGGAACCGCCGAGGAAGAGGCAGCCGAAUACCUCAAGGAGCACAAUACAGGAUGCGAGGCCAAGCCCAUCGUUGGCUUCAUCGCCGGUCAGACCGCUCCGCCGGGUCGUCGAAUGGGUCACGCCGGCGCCAUCAUUUCGGGCGGCAAGGGGGCGGCCAAGGACAAGGUCGCCGCCCUCGAGAAAGUGGGCGUUCGCAUGACCGCCAAUCCUUGUCACCUGGGAACCACGCUUCUCGAGGAGAUGAUCCGCCUGAAGCUAGUGCCCAAGCCGGAGCAGAAGGCCCAGGCUGGCAAGAAAUAGGUUGUGAGGAAAAAUAUUUAUUUCUCGAAUAAAAGAACCAAGUGAUCUUUUUAAAAA